AUGUCCGUGCUGCCCCAAGAAGUCCACACCGCGCUGUCCCAGCUGCUGCGCGCUCUCAGCACCCCCGACAACGCCGUUCGAUCCCAGGCCGAGGACCAGCUGAACAAUGAUUGGGUCCAGACCAAGCCGGACAUCUUGUUGAUGGGCCUGGCUGAGCAGAUUGCUGGUGCCGAGGACACAUUAACUCGUGCUUUCUCCGCUGUGCUUUUCCGAAGAAUUUCUACCAAGACCCGCAAGGACCCUAUCUCUGGCGACGUCAAGGAAAUCUUCUUGAGUCUGCCCAAUGAGCAGCGUGUUGCGAUUCGCGAGAAGCUGGUGAUAUGCCUGACCGCCGAGUCUGUCACUGAUGUGCGCAAGAAGAUUGGAGACGCUGUGGCAGAGGUGGCCCGCCAGUACUACGACAACGGCGAACAAUGGCUUGAGCUACUUGGUGUUCUCUUCCAAGCCAGUCAGUCUCCCGACUCUGGUCUUCGCGAGACUGCGUUCCGCAUUUUCACAACCACCCCCGGCAUCAUUGAGAAGCAGCACCAAGAUGCUGUCCUCAAUGUCUUCACCAAGGGUUUCGAGGAUGACAACAUCUCGGUGCGCAUUGCCGCUAUGGAAGCUUUCGCCUCCAUGUUCCGUUCUAUCGACAAGAAGUCCCAGACCAAGUUCUUCUCUCUUAUGCCCGCCCUUCUCAACAUUCUUCCUCCCCUCAAAGAGUCCAGCGAGAGCGAAGAGCUCUCGUCAGCAUUCUUGGCUCUUAUCGAGUUGGCCGAAAUCAGCCCGAGGAUGUUCAAGGGCUCUUUCAGUGACUUGGUCAAGUUCAGCAUUAGUGUCAUUGCCGAUAAGGAGCUCAGUGACCAGGUCCGCCAGAAUGCGCUGGAGUUGAUGGCAACUUUCGCCGACUAUGCACCCAAUAUGUGUAAGAAGGAGGCCAACUUUGCGCAGGAGAUGGUGACCCAAUGUCUGAGCUUGAUGACUGAUGUGGGUGUCGAUGAUGACGAUGCUGAAGAGUGGAAUGCUUCCGAGGAUCUCGAGCCUGAAGAGAGCGACCUCAACCACAUUGCUGGUGAGCAAUGCAUGGACCGCCUGGCUAACAAGCUCGGCGGAGAAGCCAUUCUCCAGCCUGCCUUUUCCUGGAUUCCUCGCAUGAUGUCUUCCACUGCCUGGCGCGAUCGCCACGCCGCUCUGAUGGCCAUUUCCGCCAUCUCGGAGGGCUGCCGCGAUCUUAUGACCAAUGAGCUUGAUCAAGUUCUUGCUCUGGUUGUCCCUGCUCUGCGGGACUCCCACCCUCGUGUCCGCUAUGCAGGCUGCAAUGCUCUCGGCCAAAUGAGUACCGACUUCGCUGGUAUCAUGCAGGAGAAGUACCACGGCAUUGUUUUGAACAACAUUAUCCCCGUCCUUAGCUCCACCGAACCCCGUGUGCAGUCUCACGCCGCUGCUGCUUUGGUCAACUUCUGUGAGGAGGCUGAGCGUAGCAUUCUCGAGCCCUACCUCGGUGACCUUUUGAGCCGCCUUUUGGAGCUUUUGCGCAGCCCCAAGCGCUAUCUCCAGGAACAGGCAUUGUCGACCAUUGCUACUAUUGCCGAUUCUGCCGAAACCGCCUUCGGUCAAUACUACGACACCCUUAUGCCCCUGCUGCUCAACGUUCUCAAGGAAGAACAGGGCAAGGAAUACCGGCUGCUUCGUGCUAAGGCCAUGGAGUGUGCUACUCUGAUUGCUUUGGCCGUUGGCAAGGAGAAGAUGGGCCAGGAUGCUCUGAACCUCGUCCAGAUUCUGGGCCACAUCCAGCAGAACAUCGUCGACGCUGAUGACCCUCAAUCGCAGUACCUCCUCCACUGCUGGGGCCGUAUGUGCCGCGUUUUGGGCCGUGACUUUGUGCCCUACCUGCCCGGUGUCAUGCCUCCCCUGCUGACCGUGGCCGCCGCCAAGGCCGACAUCCAGUUGCUGGAUGACGAGGACCAGAUUGAACAGGUUGAGCAGGACGAAGGCUGGGAGUUGGUUCCCCUCAAGGGCAAGGUUAUUGGAAUCAAGACAAGCGCUUUGGAGGACAAGAACACCGCUAUCGAGUUGAUCACCAUCUAUGCUCAGAUACUGGAGGAUGCCUUUGAGCCUUAUGUUCUAGAGACCAUGGAGAAGAUUGCCGUCCCUGGUCUUGCAUUCUUCUUCCACGAUCCCGUCCGCGUCUCGGCCGCUAAGCUGGUUCCCCAGCUGCUCAACUCUUACAAGAAGGCCCACGGCGGCAACUCCCCCGGAUUUGCCGAGAUGUGGAAUAAGGUGGCCGAGAAGAUCAUUGAGGUGCUCAGCGCUGAGCCUACCGUUGAUACCUUGGCCGAGAUGUACCAGUGCUUCUACGAGUCCGUGGAGGUCGUUGGCCCCAACAGCCUGUCCCCGCAGCAUAUGCAGGCGUUCGUCGACUCUGCCAAGUCUACGCUUGAAGACUACCAGAUGCGCGUGAAGCAGCGGUUGGAGGAGCAGGCUGAGCUUGAGGAUGGCGAUGAGGAGAACCUCGACUUCGAGUAUGCCGUUGAGGAUGACCAGAACCUGCUCAGCGACAUGAACAAGGCCUUCCACACUAUCUUCAAGAGCCAAGGUACCACUUUCCUGCCCGCCUGGCAGCAGCUGAUGCAGUUCUACGACAACUUCAUCACCAGCCAGGACCCGACCCAGCGACAAUGGGCCCUGUGCAUCAUGGACGAUGUGCUGGAGUUCUGCUCUGCAGAGUCUUGGACCUUCAAGGACCACAUCAUGCAGCCUCUGGCCUCUGGUCUGCUGGAUGAGAACGCUGCCAACCGUCAGGCCGCCGCUUACGGUGUCGGCGUCGCCGCGCAAAAAGGUGGUGCUCCCUGGGCCGACUUUGUCGCUGCCUGCAUUCCCAGCCUGUUCCAGGUGACUCAACACCCCCAGAACCGCACCGAGGAGCACGUCUUUGCUACUGAGAAUGCUUCGGCCAGUAUUGCCAAGAUCCUGCACUUCAACGCCUCCAAGGUGCAGAACGCUCAGGAGGUUGUGAUCAACUGGAUUGAGACGCUGCCUAUCACUUAUGACGAGGAGGCCGCACCCUAUGCUUACUCGUUUAUUGUUCAAUUGGUUGACCAGCAAAACCCCGCGGUCCUUACCAAGGCCGACCGGGUCUUCGGGUUCAUUGUGCAAGCCCUCGAUGCCGGCACUCUUCAAGGCCAGACCGCUGCCCGUGUUGCUCAGGCAGCCAAGCAACUUGUUGCGGCGACCAACUUGAACGCCGAGUCAAUCCUGGCUGGUGUUAGCCCGGAAAGCCAAGAGCGGGUUCGCAAGUUCUUCCAGUAG